AAAAUUGUCAUUUGUAACGCGGAGAUGGACUCAUCAAGUGCUUCCUCAUCCUCCACAACAUUCUUAUUACCAGACAGCCCGCCUCCGGAGAGGAAGCUGAACUACUGGGAGCAGCAGAAGAAGCAGCAGAAAAGCCUCAGCUCAGCUGCCACCUCUGCUCCUACAGCUGUUGCCUCCACCUCUGGCGCCUCCUCAGAUCCCUUGAAGAAACAAGGGAUCUUUGUACGUGAGGAGGAUUCCUCCAUCAUCAUCCCAGACAGCAGCCCUCUCCCGCAAGCUACUUGGGCACCACGCCGAGCGGCCCUCACAUCGGUACCCGCCCCCAAGCAGUCAGUGAAGCGGAGGUUGUUUGUCGACGACGACGAUGACGAGCCCGACGUCCUCACUCAAUCAAAGAUACGAGUGCAGCUACAGGAGGCGCAAGACAGCUCAAUAAUGUCUCUGUUACGGGAGACGGAGGAGGGGGAGGAGGAGGAUGAAUUGGACAGGGAGACAGACGACUUUAUUCGAAUUAUAAAUUCUAGAUGUGAAAAACCCUGGACGCCUCUGCAGGAAUUGGAGGAGGGGUUACCAUACCCCAUCGUGGACGUGCGGGAGGCGUCCAACCAACAUGGACGUAGCAUCAUCUUAAAACUAUACACUCCCAGAAUGAGGUCGACUGAGGUUUAUCUUCCGGAACGGUUUUCCGAAAUUGUAUCCUCGAACGAUAUUGAGAAGUUCAAAAAGAACUGCACAAAAUCUUGCCUUUUAGUCAAACAUGUUAAUGCUAGAUGGUCCGACAUAAAGAUUGUAAGUAAAAAUUGUUAAUAAUCUUGGGGCCCAUCUAGCAUUAACAUAUAUAUAUAUAUACAAAACAUGUAUCAUAUUUAUAAUUUACUUGUUAUAUGUAUCCAAUAUCUAUAAUAUCAAUAACAUUAAAAAAAAAUAGUUUGUUAUUCUAUAAAACCGGAACGGUUUUCCGAAAUUGUAUCCUCAAACGAUAUUGAGAAGUUCAAAAAGAACUGCACAAAAUCUUGCCUUUUAGUCAAACAUGUUAAUGCUAGAUGGUCCGACAUAAAGAUUGUAAGUAAAAAUUGUUAAUAAUCUUGGAGCUUAUCUAGCA